AUAUUUAAUGUUCAAUUAGGUAUCCAAUUUACCUAUAAAUCUGUUGUCUCUGAACAAAAAGAACACAGUUGAUAGAAAAAGAGAGAAAUUUCAAGAUUUGGUGGUCAUGGCUCAAGUGGGCAGUAGCAGCUUCGCACCAAAAACCCUAAUCCAUUUGCCAAACUUCAAGUCAGACCAAAGAAAGCCUUCUUUUAUAAAAAGUUCCGGUAGAGAUCGCGGAAAGCCGAUUUCAGGAACAACUCCUCCAGAAAUUAAUAGAGUUGCGAGAGUUAUUAUGAUAAGAAAAAUUGAGUUGAAACAACAAAAUAUCAAAAAAUCCAAUAACUUAGACGUUAUUGAAAAUAAGAAGACUGACGAUUCCAAUCUUCUGAAGAGUGAUGCUACUAUUGAUUUAAUUUUAAUUAAGUCUUCUCUGUAAGCAAGUUAAAUAAUGAGGGAGAAAUAGACCAUUGUAAUUUGUUGAUUAAAUAAUGAUGUUUUUGUUUUCGUC